AUGAAGGGGAUAAGAUUGUACAAUAUCAUUAUUCUAAACAUCCUCGAUCAAAAUAUUUUAAAGGACUUGCCUUCAUAUAUGUAUUAUAGCAAAUUUAAUGAACCUAUAAACAUAUCUGAUUACAAUGAGGAAUGUCAAGAUAUAUAUAAUAAAUGCAAUGGAAAUGAAAAGAUAAAAGACAUUUAUGCAAAAUAUGCAAGAAAUUUUAAAAUGAUUACUGAAUUAAAACGUGUUGAAGAAAGGAAAGCUUAUUGCACACAUUUUAUUUAUUGGAUGUAUGACGAAAUAAGAAAACUAAUUAAAAAUAAUGAUUCUACUGGACAUGACAUAAGAAAUCAUACUAAUUUUAAUAAUAUAAGGGAAAGAAUUAUUAAGAAAAAGAAUAUGUAUGUUUGCUUAUACCUUUAUGAAGGAGGUAAAUUUGAUGAAUGGAAAGAAGAGAAAGAUUUAUAUGAUUAUUUUGAAAAUUAUGAGACCCUAUAUAGAAAAAUUAAUUCUGACAAUAACGAAUGUCAUAAUUACAUUAAAUACCUUAAUUAUAUAUACAAUCUAUAUAAAAAACAUUCGGUUGUUGAAAAAUGUUGUACUGAUUAUAAAUAUGGAUGGGAGAGUUGUGAUUAUUUUAAAUGUGAUUAUGCGUAUCAUCCGCUUAAUCUAUUAUCUAAAUUAAAUUGUGAAGGCAACAAAUAUGCACAAAAAGAAUCAGGGUCAUUUAAUCCAGUAGAUUCUGAAGCAUCAAAUGCAGAAGGUCAGAAACAAAAAGAUCUUCAAAUGAAAAUUAGUUACUUGAAAUGUUUUAAGUCAUAUAAGGAUGAGAACAAAAAAGAAGGUGAAAAGGACAGCAUGUAUGCAAACUGUUAUUAUAUAACGCCCCAUAAAUUAUCUAAAAAUGUAACUGUAUAUACUUACAAUAGAAAAUCACUUCAUUCUGGAAAACCAAUGUCAGUUGUGUGGACUUUACCAAGCAAUGAAGAUUCGAAUGAAGAAGGUGAAUUUAAAAAAUUAGAAUAUAGUAGAAAUGAUAUUGAAGAUGACACAGGUAUUAGGAGUAUAUAUGACUUUUAUGAUAUAAAACAAAUCGAAUAUAAUAUUCUAGAAUAUAUUCCUGUUAGAAUUGGUGUAGUAAUUAUGCUAACGCUUGGUGUAUUUCUUGUUUUUUUCUUAUAUUAUAAGGUAACACAAAAUUUCAUCUUAGGAUAUAAAUGUAAUUUCACUCCAUUUGGAUCAUGGAUAAAUAGGAAAACAAGAAAAAAUAAAAAAAUUAUAUAUAGCAAAGACCCAAUACAUUCAAGAAAACUUUCAGCUAAUUCUAAUAAAUCUGUAAGACAAAAACAUCCAAAUAAAAGAGCACAUAUAGCUUAUCAAUCUAAAUAG